AAAAUUUUGUUUUACUAUUUUUUAUUUAAUUGGUAUUUUUUACGUAUUCCCUAAAAGUUUUUAGCAGCUUAAUAUUAAAGCUUUAAGCAGAAAAGUGCGAAAAUUGUUUAAUUAUGUAGUUAACGUUGAGUUAAUAACCAACCCUUUGUUAUUUUUGGUGUACUAUUUUUGUCCGCUCUACAUUCGGUGCAUUGAAAUAAUUUUGACAUCCAGGAAAAGAAUGUUCUUCCUGCGUGCAGGUGGCGCGUGAGGAGCGUGCGUGAAGUGAUGGUAAUGACGUGCGCGACAGGCAUGGGCGACGCGCUGUUGCGCGAGCGUCUGCCGGCGUUGUGGCGGCGCAUAGAGGACACGCACUACAGCUACCUCGAGACCGACGACAGCCCGGAGAAGCUGCAGCAGAAGGAGAAGUUGGAAGAUUACAUCAUCGAGUACCUAUCACUGGUGCCUCACGAAUGCAAGUUUGGACUAGCAGAGACCGGCAAGGUGUUCCAGCGGACCAUCAAUGAGUUGUCAGAGUUUAGCGCGUACCGUGCCGGCCUCGGUUGGGCGGCACUGGCGCGCUACGCCGCCAAUCUACUCGCACAGCCUUGGCGGAAGGAGUAUAAAGUCAUAAGGUUGUAUUGUGGUUACUAUAAACAUGAGGUGGAGGCGAACAUGGUGGGCGCGGAGACACUGCUUCAUGCAAUGGGUUACAAGUCAAUAGGCUCCGGCCGGCUAGCUCUCGAUGCGCCCAUUUGCCCUGACAUGGUUGCAGCUGUUUCUAGGGAUGCCCUUAUUGCACAGUGUGAAUGUCAGAUAAUGUCCCAGAUCUGGGAGGCUGUGUGGAGCAGCGGCGCGCGCGUGUCGUGGGCGGACGUGGCCCGCGAGCGAGCCGCGCGCGCCGCGCCCGCCGCCGCCGCCGCCGCGCGCCUCGCCGCGCCGCCACACGCCCACUUCUCAUACGUCGACGGUUCAGAAGUAUACUCCAAUGUGCCAGUGACAGUAAUAGAACCACCCACACGGAACAGGUAUCAUGCAUUCACCACAUCACAGUGUAACCGUAUGUGUCCUGAAGAGACUUCACUGGACGAUCCUAUCACGCCGAUAAUACAUCCUCCAUACAUGAUGCCUACGAACGCCAUCCCCCCUCAAAUGAUGUACCCUGUGCCUCAUCAACAUAUGCACCCAGACGUACCUGUAACAGUUACCAAUGUACCAAUAAUGGCUCCGUACGGCGUGCCUUAUUACUAUCCCGUUCAGUCGCCGUACAUGAUACCUACUCCCGUAUAUGCACCUAUAAAACACGCAACCAACGUUCCAAUAAACGGUUAUCCUCCUAUACCACAAUAUAGAUAUCCAACAGUACCAACAGCUCAAUUAAUCGAAUUGGACACUCCGUCUGUAUAUGAAAAUGGAAAAUUCGAAAGGCACAGAGACGAGGACCGAGGACACAAAAAGAGUAGACAGCCCGACAACUCGAGACGAAAUAGCACGUCGAAAUCAAAUUUCAGCGAUAUAACGUUGCCGAGUUUGCCUCGUUCCGACACCCAACCUGUCUUGAGUAAAGCGAAGGAGGACGGCAUGGGGACAUAUGAAAGCUGGGACUAUGUAUUUAGGAAUUUGUCUAGCAAAGAACAAGACGGAGACAGUAGGAGUCGAUAUUCACCAUCUCUCGACAGAGAUUCGAGGACACUGGACAGAUUGGACAGGGAAGAGAGGAGAGCUAAGUAUCAACCUACUACCCUCGAUUUGGAAGACGGUUUACAAGCGAUGAAUCUCGACCGGUCUUACGACGACGAACUUUAUCGAACGGCUAAAGUGAACGAAAAUUUAAUGAAGAUGAAACAGGAGCAAGAGGUGAAGCGAGCAAAGCAGUUAGCGAAAAAACAGGCGGAAGAAAAAAGGACCCGGAAACUUGAACCGAUCGGUAAUCCUAAAGCGGAUGCCCUGAUCCCGACGAAGGUCGCUCCGGACAAAGUAAAGUUACUGACGAAGAAAGAUAUAAAAGACAGGAAAGAAAUAAUUAAGCAGCAAAAUUCAAUGAAUGGCACAGUUUCGAGUGCGGCUGAAGUGAAGAAAGUAAGAAAGCCCACGAAACACGUGGCCGUCGAAGUGGAGAAGCCAAGUAAGAGCAAACCCUUAGAGAAUGGAAUAAAUAGCGUGCCGCACAGUUCCAAGAAUAACACAGGAUCAAAUUCCGCACAACCAAAUAAUGAGUUAAAAGCGCAACUAAUAGUAUCACUGGACGAACCAGACACCGUGCGGCCUGCUAGCCGUUCGUCGUCUCGGCCCGAGCGGGAGCGGGAGCGAGAGCGGGGAGACGAGCGGUGGGAGUGUUCAACUUGUACGUACCUAAACCGCGGCACUCUUGCCGCCUGUGAAAUGUGCGGUAAGUCACGUCGUGGACCUGAGAUCCAACCACUGACGUCUGGCGGCCGCGAGUGUCCCGCUUGCACGCUCGUCAACCGCCGCGACGCGCGAGUCUGCGACGCGUGCGGUACUAGCCUUGAACACUGUCCCACCUACAUAUAGGCCACCGUGUUGCCUCUACACAGCGAUUCGCGGAAUCCCUACGGACAGGACUUGAAGAAUAAAAUUGAACUUAAUAUCCACUAUAUUAGGGUUUAAUUUAAAAAGUCAACAGCAUAUUGUUGAUAUUUAAAAUUAAACUCUGUUGUAAAACAAAUUGAGUGCAAUUUUAUUUUUAGUCUAUGAUACAUUUGAGGUCAUUUGUGAAACGUAUCUUAUCGCUUCUCUGUCCGCGGAAUUUCCGAACGAGUGGAAGUGCAUUUGAAUGACCGGCGGAGUGAACUUUGUUGCCGGUGCGUGUGAGCGGUGAACGGUGAUCGUUUGUGGUAGAGCCGCCGAACGUUCUUAUGAUCGGAGAGUUUCGAUAAUCGGGUUGCCAAGUUAUUUCUAAUCAUUUUAUUUAUUUAUUUGCACAAAUUUAGUUACGGUAAAUAAUCUGUAAUAGUGAUGUGUUUAAUAUUGUUAACUAAACUACUAUAUUUAUUAGUUAUUAAAUAUGGAAAUUAUUAAGUCAAGAAGAUCCUCACCUCAAAUAAGUACAUUAAUAUUAAAUUAUGGAUUUAAUAUUAAUAUUGUAUUAUUUAUUACUUAAAAUAUCUAGAUCUUCUAAACUUUAUUAACAUUAUUUUAAUUUUUUACUGUUAUAAAAUUGUAUCCAUAUAAAAACCUGUUUAUAUUUUACUAAUGAAAAUAACCCAGUUAUGAUAAAGUUUUGGUUAGUGGAUAGGGACCGUAUUAUGCGACGGUAGUUAUGGAAAAAGAAAAAACGUGUCUAAUUGGGGACUAUAGUGGUAUAAUAGUGGUAUUAAUUUAAAUUACAGCAGUUUCUGCAGUGCAAUGUUUGAUGAAAUUUAACAAUGAAGUUUAUAUGAUAAAAAAUUGCAAUGAAAGGUAAUCUAUUACUUAUUAUUCAUUAAAUUAAUAAUUAAAAUAUAUAUAAAAGGAAGAUUCCAAAUAUGAAAACGUAAAAAAUUAAAAGUAUCAAUCAAUAUUUCAACUGUGAUUAAACUGAAUUAUAUGUUUACAGUUCGCGGCUAGUCGAUUUGACAAUUAAUAAUAAAAAAAAUAUUUUCCCGUUCUUUUUUUUUUUAAAGAGUUCUCAUUGUAAACUAAUAUCUAUGUAACGCUCGCUUUACUUUUUCCUUGCUGCACUAGGAGAAAAUAUUUUAAUACAAAACCAAUAAUAUGCCACAUUAUUCUCAAAACCACUUCUCUCCACGCUACACUCUGAUCGCAAUUGGACCUGUUCUGAAAGUUCACAGUAUUAAAACUCAAGUGCAAAUUUUGAUAAUUUAUGCCUUUUUUUUAAUUGUAUUUUCUUUGCUAUAGAAAUAUGUCAAUACAUAAUGUCUCUUUCUGAAUUAGUUGCGAUGAAAAAUAUAUACUAAACUCUUGUUAAUUGUAUCGAUUGUUUUAUAUUUCUUGUUACAUAUAGACGUUAAAUUUGCUCAUGUUAAUGUUAGAAUUUAUAUAAAACUUAAUAAUUAUCUCAGGUUCUCAUAUGUGACUUCACACACUGAAGAAUGCUAGAAGAACUAUACAUACAGUCAUAAUCAUAUUGUAAAUCAGAGAGAGACUUUGUACAAAAGUCGAUUGCUUGGGUACCUCUGUCCCAUUCGUGUUUCUACCGUGAAGCACUUGUGUUUGCAUGGCUGUGUUUCGGUUUGAAGGGUGGGAUAUGGCGUGAAUUUACUGGGUACAGAGGAAUAACACCUGAGUCCUCAGGAAUGGCAACGCAUGGAGGGUAUCAUGGGCGAAACAGUAUACUCUGCUAUGUCCAUGGUACUGCUCAUGUCUAUAGGCGACGGUUACCACUUUCCACCAGGUGGGCCGUCAGCUUGUUUGCCAUUCUAAGUUGUAUAAAAAAAAAUUAACUUUCAUCAUCAUCAAUCAUAUUAUCAUCAUAUCAGACUUUAACUGUCCACUGUUGAACAUAAGCCUCCCUCUUCGGAGGUUUUGCCAGUAGUUGCCUUAGUAAGCGGAUUGGCAACCGCAGUCAGGCUUUAAAGAUGUUUUAAGAGGGAUGCUGCUGCCCAUCCCUCGUCCUCCCUUAGUCGCCUCUUACGACACCCACGGGAAAGGAAGGGGUGGCCUAUUCUAUGCCGGGACCACACAGCCAUGUUUGAGUAUUGCUGAUGUUAAAUAAAUUUCAUUGGUGAUUUCGAUAGCGUAAAAUUUUUUAACAUUUCAUUGUGUUUGCAUAGUUCGCUAUUUCGUUGGUUAUCCACCAAUAGUUAUAGAUGUUUUUUAUUACCUAUUUGUUUAUCUAUGUUACAUAGAUAGAGUUUUUUUUUAUCAGAACAAUGGAAAUUUAUUUGAAACCCAAUUAAUUUACGUUAUGUUUGGAAUAAAUUCAAAAUUAGAAUGUUUUCUAUGACUUGUUUGUAAUUUGUCCAUGUUAGUUAGGUGGUUAACGAUUACCCGCCGGUUUAACUUUCUUCAAUUUGCAGCUGUGUUCUGUAUCAUAAUUUACUAUUUCUAGGGAAAUGGUUUGGUAUAUAUUUAGUGUAUGACGUCACAUAUGAAGACUUUAUUCUGUAUAAGACUGUAGCAUUUCUGUUUAAUGAACAGUUGGUUAUUUUGUAUAUUUAAUUUAUAUAUUGGAAAACAAAAUUGCUAUACAGUAAAUUGUAUUAUUAUUAUUAAUUAUAUCAAUGAUUCUUAAUGGGAAUGUUGUAGCUCUAUAUUUUUACAGUUGAUAUGCAUAAGACGUACAUUUAUGAGAGCAGUGUCUGAGUCUCCACAAUUACAGCGCCAUCUAUGUAUACAGUAAAUGAAGUCGUUAGACGAAUAUGCUACUUUUUACUGGACAUAGAGUCUGAACAAUGGUUUGUAGCCACCUCUAUAAAGGCUUAUUGGUCGGGGAGAUGUGAGAACCAAUUGUUGAUUUAGAUUCAAUCUUCGAUUCUAAUAUUUAUUGAGAAAAGCUCCUAUAUAAAAUUGUACUUUACAUAGCUUAUAAUAAGAAAUUCACAAUGCUAAUUAUGCAGCAGUGAUAGAUCUUUGUCCAGUAGUCCAUGGAUUAGAAUAAAGAGGAACUGAUGCUAUGAAACAUUAAAUUGAACAUGUUUUUUUUUUAUCGAAUUGAAUCAUUUAAAAUAAAACUCUUUGUUUCUCAUGCGAAGUAUAGAAAAAACAAAUUAUAGAUUCCGUGAUGGUCAUCUAGGUCAUAUUGAUUUUGAAGAAUUGAAUUAUAGAAAGGAUAUGCAUGUAUCAUAAAAUAAAAAAAAAAUUAAACAGACUUAAAAAAGUUAUUUAUAGCUAGCAUUUAUGAAGGUAUUUACUUUUCGAAGAUUUUUUUCUUGUAUUUUUGACGAAUUUUUUACUUUGUUUGUCAUUUGGCGAAAUAAAAAAUCCAGCUGUCGUCUUGCUUAUUCUGUUUAUGCGCAACUCCUCUUUCAUGAGCAAGUGAAGGAAAUAUUUGUUUAAGAAUAUGACAUAAGUGUCAUAUACAUUUCCAGAAGUUUCAAUGUAGCAUAUAUAUUAAAUUGGAAUAAUUGAAAAUUUAGCAGUACAUAAUUUGUAUCGCUGGGCAAUAAGUGUUCACAGUGUGUUAACAAUUCAAGUAUAGAAUGAGUUCUAUCACUUGCUAAAUAAAUAAUAACAUUAAAAAUGGUCCUUAUUCCAUGUAUUAUUAUUACUAAGUUGUAGUUAAUUGUAUUUUAAUUUUUAAUAAUCGCUUUGCUACAGGGUAACGUAAAGUAAAUAAUAUUCAAACAAAAUAUUCGAUAAUUGUGUUAUCUCAAUGUAUUUGGCACAGAGUUGAAAUUAUAUCGAAAUUAUAUUAUUAAAAUAAUAGUGUUCGUUUGUUCGCCUUCUAAGAUGCUUUAAUGUUAGUUGAAAAUAGAUAAUGCUUUUAUUUUAUUUUGUUUUAUUAAAUUAUUGGUCUGUGUAUAUAAUUGUUAGUUAAUGUAAAUAGUAGAUAUAAUAUAUAUUGUUUUAGAACGCAGUGUGAUUUAUAUAUAUGUCGAAACAAUACGGUUUUAAAAAUCAUAGCGUUAAAUAGUCAUCAAUGGGUAUAAAUAAUAUUAUUUGAGGGUGCAUUUGUUAAAAUUAUAUGUAAUUUAUUUAUCACAGUUUACAAAGAUAAAUAUGCACAGUGUAAUAAAUAGUACGUAUGUUAAUAUUUAUAAAUAAAUAAAUAAAUUAGCAGUCAAUAGAUAUAGGUGGUCAAAGCACUAAGGACGUGUAUUUUUCUAUUAUACAGGAAUGUAGAUUUUCUCAUACGUUGUAUAACAAUUUGUGCUUCGCAUUGAGUUGCCUUUCGUUGUUCGGAGAAGACUUACUUCGACGUUAUGCCGGCGUUAUAAAAACUAAUGGAGACACAUAUAGACAAAUUGUGUACCUACUAAAAAUUAAAAGAAUAAAUACUAUUGUUUUUCAA